CAGCCGCAUCUUUACCCCAACAUCGUCAAAGAUAGGGAUAGAUUGUUUGAAAUCACGCCAUGUAACACGCCAUAUAACAUUACAUAUUUAAGCUGAAAGUGGUGCACCAUAUUCAGGGUGCUCUGUGAGGUCUGAUGAUGUGGGAGUCAUUAAGUGACUAUUUCAAGUCGACCAGGCAGUUCGUGUCCCGUGUGCUGUCCCUGGGGAGAUCACCCACUGAGACAGUGGCAGAGAACAUCCAUGAUGCCCUUGACUUAUUACACAGAGAUCUGCACAGAUACCAUAUUUUGACAGAUGAGACAGUGAAGAGUGUCAUAGGUCUAGUUGAAGACUGUCCGGUCAGACAGAACAUUUUGGACAUCACAGACAGCGAGGGUUACAACAUCUUCCAGCUGGCAGUGGUCGCCAAUAGUGCCAACCUUGUGGACUACUUGCUAAGUCGAGGUUAUUACCCAGAUGCUGGCCGCUGCAGCCUCCCCCUCCACCUAGCCUGCCACCUUGGCCAUACAGAGGUCACCAAGUUACUGCUCACCCAUGGGGCUAAGGCAGGGCUGGAAGUUGGGAUGUGUUACCCAAGGGUGCACAAGUGUGGCCAGUGGUCAGGAUCCAAGUUCUUCUUCCUCAGUAAGUCAGCCCAGGAAUGUUACAUCCCUCCCAAGAUGCCUGUACUGUAUGCUGUGGAGAAGGAUUAUAAAGACGUGGUGAAGCUGAUGUAUACAAGCAGGAAUGGUGAGGCAGCAUGCUACAAGAAACUGAACUUGUUACACCAUGCCUGUAGAUAUGGUGCCCUAGAGUGUGCCAAGUAUUUCUCAGAGGAACUGCCUGAUCAGCUGGAUGUGGUGGAAGACUCUGGGGAGACCCCUGCCUCCCUGAUUGUUCCCUGGGGUUAUAAGCAUACUAGCUUUAUGGUGAAAUCUGGUGCUGAUAUCACAAAGAGAACUGCAUCUGGUCAGUCUUUACUCCAUGCACUGUUCUUGCACUCAAAGAAACCAUUUGAGAUGUAUGACACAACAAAAUUAUUGUUAGGGAGUGGACUGGAGCAGCUAGUCAAUGUAACGGAUAGUGCUGGUAAUACUGCCUUGCACUAUCUGGUGGAACAUAUCAACAGAGGUGUUGGGCGUGUCAUCCCAGGCACAGGUGGCCUCCCCAAGUCAGACAUUGUGGUACUUCAGAACCAGUACCAGGUAGAGGUACUGAGAUGCUUGGAUCUCAUGUUCAGUCAUAACUGUGAUGCUGGUAUUGUCAACAGCAUGGGUAUGUCUGCUGCUGAUAAACUGAUACUCACUUUCAGUGUUGUUACAAAUAAUAACCUUCUUUUGGAAGGGACGGUUCCAGAGCCUGAUUUUGAUAUCUUAUAUGAAGCUUUAAGAUACUUCACUCAGCAUGCCAUAACUAGUCAAGAUUUUGUCUCUGUGGCUCUAGCAAGGAUCAUCCACUGUAUAACCUGUACUGACAUCAGCAGCAUGCCCAGAUAUGCUGAGGGUUUCAUGAAGUGCCUUGGCCUGUUGUGCCAGCAUGGUGCCAACCCUAAUAUAAUCCUACCUGAUGCCAGCCCAGUGAUGGCGAUGCUGGGAGACAUUGCCAGGAAAUGCGUGUCAGUUCAAGAUUCAGGUGACAGGGAAGGUGUUGUGAUUCUGAAACAAACAACUGCUAUAUUCAUCAGUGAUUUGUUGGCUCUACUGCUUGCCCACCAGCUCAACCCAAACUAUACAACCCAUCGCAGGGACAGCCAUGAGGAAAGCAGCAUCAAUGGCCUGUCUCAGUUCAUCAAACUAGUGCCUUAUAUUAACGACCCAGAGGAUCUUAAACUGCUGCACAGGUGGCUGCUCACCUUAAUCCAGUAUGGAGCUAACCCUGAUAUUGAGCCCUAUCCCUCAGAGCCCAUCAUUUGCCACUCCCAGAGCUCCAUCUAUCUAAAGCAUAACCACACUCAGGCUGUCAACCAGUAUGUCCACCAUAUCCAAGAUUUCAGCAUCUUUUUCCAGGGCAGCCAUGCAGAGGAGCUGCUGAUGUUAUUCUACAAUACCAUGGACCACAGUGCCUUGUAUCAGUGCCUGAGCACAGCCCGCCUGAUGUCGCGAUUCGAUCCUGAUCACCUUCCCAGCCAGGACUUUAUCCAUAUGCUUAACACACUCACCUCUAACCCCAGGACCUUGCAGCAGAUGGCCAAAGUGGUUAUUUACAAAGCUAUUGACCGUAAGUUGGCCACCAAAGUGGACAAACUGCCCCUACCACCGAGACUUAAACGUUCCUUGAUGAAUGUGAAUUGAAUGUUAUUUAUGCAGACUACUGUAUUAUCUGUAGUUUAUAUAUAACACAUUUCAUGUGUUGUUUGUGAAGUACCUGCAAAGUGGGUUGCUUUCAGUAAAAUCUAUUUGUUACCUUUUAUUUUUUUUUUAACUCUAAUUGUUUUAUUUCACCAAAUUUCAGAGUGCUUAUUACAAUUGCAGCUUGAAAACUAUGGCUUUUUAAUCCUGUGCAAUAGUGUGUGAGCUUAGUCAAGCUUUCUUUAGUUUGCAUUGUUACAUCGUUCUAUUAAGUGUACAGAUUCUAUUUUAACUCUUUAUUUGGAGAUAUAUUAUUUCAUCAGAUUUUGAGAGAAAAGUGUUUCCAAACCUCUGAUCAUAGGUACCAGGGGUUGCAUAAGCUUCACUCUUAUAUAGCUGUUUUAGUGUGUGUAUUUCCCUUGGCACCAAGAGCAGUCAUAUCUGAAGCUAACACAGUGUAGAGUACAUUCUCAGCUUUCAGUGAUUAAGAUACUGAAGAUGCAUUGGCAUGGCUGUAAAGAGAUAUGCAAUUUUAAAGUCUAUGUCCUAGCUUCUGCACCUUCAGUUUUUUUAGUCAAGCAUAGGACAUUUUGCACGACUCCAGUGUAAACUCCUGUAAAACGAACAAAUGUAAGAUCUGUAUUUUGGUAGUGCUUUUGAUGGAAGAACUAAUUUUUGAGAUAGCAGUGUCAUCAUUGUCAUUAUUGUGUUCUUUUCUGGCACUCGGCUUGGAUUUCAGUUUUAAAAGGAACACCAGGUUGUUGAAACAGUUUAUUUGUACUUCAGGUUUUUACAUUAAAACUUGAAUAAUAUUUGAAAUAUUUUAAAAACAAUGUUUAAAUUUAGAUUUAAUUAAACUAUGUGCAAUGUCAUUCAAUAAAAUUUCUAAGACUGUUAACAAUAUUUUCAAUAAACAUUUAAUAAGGCUUUUACCUUGACGCUUGGAAUGAAUAAAUUAUUUGAAUACUU